UGUGAAUUUUUGCCAAUUUUUCUCGACGCCCUUUUUCAAUUUCGGUUCAUCCCGGUUGUUUUUGUCGCAUUAAUAGCCAAACGUAACAACGAGAAUUAGAAUUCAUUCUGCAAUGAUGUCGUACGAUUAUCCGCAUCCGGUUUCCAGGACUUAUCAGUACAAAAAGAUAACCAAACCUCUUCUGGAACGGAAACGACGCGCUCGUAUCAACCGGUGCCUUGACGAACUCAAGGAUCUCAUGGUCGACGCUUUGGAGACCGAAGGAGAGAACAUCAGCAAGCUAGAAAAAGCCGACAUUUUAGAGCUGACUGUACGGCACCUUCAACGUCUUCAGGCUUCGCGACCCUCUGGAUUGUCGACAGUCGCUGUCCCAGGCGAAGAUUCGUCGGAGAACCGAUGGCGAUCAGGCUUUGGACACUGCGCUGCUGAGGCUUGUAGGUUUCUCACUGCCCUCCCUGGAGAAGCUGCCGAUCGGCUUGCUCGACAUCUUGCUUCGGGUCUUCAAGCCACCAGGCAAAUCGAGAUCCAGGUCCCGCAAAAAGCGAAUUCUCCUCCUUCAUCUCCGAUGGCGUCAAGAUCAGAGCUGGUUUCGCCAACCUUAGCGAGCUUGGAGAAAACGGCGAAGCUUUUGGUGAGGUCGGUAAGCCCUGCCGGUAGCAGCACCAGAGGUUCGCCAUCCCCGAGACAGAAUUUGUCACCGCGGGUAACGCUGCAUCCUUACCGUGGUGACAAGGUUAACGUUACCGAACGGCCGCUCACUCCUCCUUGUCAAGUCGGUAAAGAAUUGGCGCCGCCGAGCCGCGUCGGUAACGAAACACCCGUAUCGAUCGCUCGAGCUGGAUGCUCCAUAGAUCUCUCCCCCGAUAACCGGUUACCGACGGUCGAUCGUCAGGCCACAACCGAUCCUAACCCUCAACCAGUUGCCGACGAUGACGAAGAGAUCGACGUCGAAAAUGUUGACGAUAGUGAUCCGAUGUGGAGACCCUGGUAGUCAGCCCAACAUCGUCUUUCAUACUUCGAGCGAUGGUAGGCGAAGCCCUUCUUAACCGAC